CUUACCCUUUGUGAAGAAAAACCUCGUGGUGCAGAGAAAAACGUUGAAGGCGAAUCGUCGUGCAGUGAGGAAGGCCAUCCUCAAAGCUUUUGCAAUCAGGUGAAAUGGACGAUUAUAUCGUACUCACAAUUCACCAUAGUGGUGAAUUUGUUGAUGGUGAUCUUAGAGUUUAUGAAGGAGGGGAAGUUUCUGAGUUGAAAAUAGAUGUUGACACAUGGAGUUACUUUGAGCUGACAGGUUCACUCAAGUGUUUAGGGUAUAGGGAUUUUGAGAAAAUCUAUUACAAAGACCCAACAUUUGGGAUGCAACAACUGACUGAUGAUGCAGGAGCAUUUGAAAUAGCCGAUUUGUAUAAGGUUCAUUUAGGUGUAGACAUUUUUAUUAAACACACAAUUGGGCAGCCUGAGUUUGUAGAUCCAACAGGGUUAGAAAAUGUUGUAGUUGAGGAGCAAGGUGUCACUGAGGAGCAUGUAAGAAAUGAGGAGGAGAGGGUAGUUGAAGAAAUGCUUUCUAAGUUGCAUGAAGAAGUAAAUGGUAACUCUAAUGAAGCUGAGUUGGAGGAUGAGAAUGUUGUGUUGGAGGCUGAGAAGGUUGUGUUAGAGGCUGAGAAGGUUGUGUUGGAGGCUGAACAUGUUGUUUUGGAGGCUGAGAAAGAUUGUAUGGAAAAUGAGAAAGAUGACAGUUCUGAUAGUGGUGAAGUGGAUGAUUCCAUGAGUAGUGAUGAUAGUGAAUACAAAUAUGACAGUGCUCUUGAUGUUGAGUUUAAUGAUUCUUCUGGUAAUUAUGAAGAUAUAGAUGAAGAUGAAUUGGACAAUCUAGUUGAACAACAUGAAGACAGAGAUGAGGGUGUUAAAAUUGGGAGUGGUAGUGAGAGUGAAGGUUUAGUGAAUGGGUGUGACAGUGAUGACAGUCAUGGUGUGCAAAAAAAAACAUAUCCCUAUGUUUAA